GUUCUGUGAAACACAGGAAAUUCAGAUCAAACUUCUUCAAAGGACAGAAGAAAUAUUUCAUAAAUAGUUUCUAAAGUGUUCAAGGAUAAAUCAUUGUCGAUUUUUGCAUGCAGAGACUUGAAAUAGCAGAACAUGUCUUGGAUGCUUUUCUAGAACAAGGCAAAGAAUACAGAAACAAAAAAGUAAAUUGUAUUGAUCGAAGUCAUAGAGUAGGCGUUUUCCCCCAAACUCUUUUUGAUAUGAAACAAUUUAAAUAAAAGGUCAACUUAGAAUUAUGCAAUGAUUAACCAUAUUCCUACACCUGUAUUUAAAAAUCUUUCACAUUUGUCACAUUGGCUUUAUCUUUGUAUAUAUAAAUAGACGAAACUUUCUGAACCACUUAAAAGUAAGUCAAAGACAGCAUGAUAUCUCAUUCCUGUUUACUUCAGAAAGCAUCUCUAAAAAUAAAACUUUCUCCUACAAAAUACUGUUAUCACAUCUGGGAAAAUUAGCAUUAAUAUAAUAAUCUCAAUUCUCUCAAUAUUCUAAUUUCUUUAAUUGUCCCCCAAAUGUCUUUUACAGCCAUAUUUUUUAAACCACCAUCCCAAAAGGAUCUAUGCAAUAUGUUUGGUUUUCAUAUCUCUUUAGACUCUCUUAAUAUAGAAUAGUCCUGCCACCUUUCCUUUUUUAUGACAUUGAUUUUUUUUUAAGAGACCAGAACAGUCAUCUAAUUUGAGUGGAGUUUUGGAGUCCAUGGUCAGAUGGAAUUCGAUUACUCAUCAAGACUGAAAAGAGCUCUCCAUGUGGACACUGAUUCUCUCCAUGCCCCUGCCUCAGCCUUCCUCUGUAGACAGAGCAGAAGGGCAUGUCUGCUUAGCUUACAGAUGCAUCAGAAAGCUCCAGUCUCAGACAGGACUAUGAUAUGUUGGAGCUAGAGGCUGAGCAUGACCAGGACCUGAGUAAACAGGAUAAGCAAGAAACAGAUGUUGAUGAGGACCCUCAAGCAUCUACAUCUCUGCAGUUUUCAAAGAAGAACCUCCUUGAAUUCUUAUUAAAAGACAUGCUGACCCCGAAUCGUCAAAUCGAAAAGCUGGAGGACCGGGGCCUUGACCUUGAUCAAGGGACAAACACUGAGGUGAAUGCUUGUAAUGAAGUUUAUGAAUUAAAGAAGAAAGUCAUGGAAAGGCUGGAGGGCCUUUGCAAGAAUGUGGAACUGCUGAGUGCAAAGCUGAGGAUGUAUCAAAUGGAGGCAGAGGAUACUGACUCUCACAGUUCUGAGGAAAUAGAUACGGAAGAGAUGGAGGCCCUGCUUCCUCAGGCCCCAGCAUCCUUUUUAGCGCAGAACUCUCCUCCCCCCGAUGCAGCGUGGAAACGUGCACUAAGGAUUUUCAUCAUGUUUUAUGUCCUCACCGUCACUGGACUUUUAUGUUACAUACUAUUUUUUGGUGCUACAUUUCUCUUUGAAAGGGUGCUUCUGAGAAUGCUUGGGUGCCGCACCACAUGGGACCUAUGGAAGAUGAUAGAGCCUUUCUUGAAUUUGGAAGUGGAAGCCUUGUUACCCUCCUAAAGAUACAGAAGUUACUGUCACCCUACUGACAUUCUCACCAGUAAAAAUUGUGGCUGUUCCUGUCUUGUGGUGGCUAACUUAUUUUUCAAAAAAUAACAUACAAGUUUUUUGUAAAGAACAUUGUAAUUACACAGAAGUUGAUUGAUCACGGAAAAAAAAAUGAAAACAGCUUAUCUUUACCCUUAUGAGUCACAAUGCCUUCUUGAAUCAUUCCACACUUUGUUGAAAACAUUUUCUUCAAACCACUAACCUUCCUUCUCCCCCAACAUGGGGUACAUUGAGACUACAAAGUAUUAUCUCCCGUGGUUAUCUUCUCCAUUUUGACCUCUGGUGUCUCAAAAAGGAAAGCAUAAAAUUCUUUCCCCUCCACUGUAUCCAAUUUUACUUCCAUUGAAUUGAAGCCCUAUUUUGGAGAUAGUUGGCAUUUCUUGGCUUUUCUCCUUAACAUUUAUUUCUUCUUUUGAUAACAGCACCCGAAGUUUGCUUUGAAAGAACUAUCCCCAGCGGGCCUAAUUAUAGGUGGUCUUUCAGUCAAUGUCCCCUGUUUUCUUAUUAAUAAGAGCUGGAAAAAUGUUGCAUCAGACAUUCUCUAUAACUGAGAAUUUUAAGAAGAUUCACAUAAAAAAAGGAAAUGAUUGGAACUUCGAUUUUGUAAACCACUCCGUAUCUUUUUCUACUUAAAUUAGCCAGACUGGUUUGUUGCCUGCAAUCAAAGGAAGUCUAACUGAUACAGUAGAGAAUUUUGAAUGUCAGACUAGAGUGUUUUAUCCCUAACUUUGUAGGUAAUGGGAAAAUGCUAACAUUUAUUUUUAAUAUAAAAAAUAGUUAUAAUUAAAAUGUGCAAAAGUAAUAUUAAAUAGAACCAUAAAGAAUAAAUUAGAGUAGGAGGGCAGAUGGAGUGCAAGAGUGGUUAAAAAGCCAUUCAGUGGUACAGGUGGGCCAAAGAGGUGGAGAUGGAAAUGCGAAGACCGUGAAUGAAGCAGACAUUAUGAGGUUGGAUCUUAUGGUAUUUGGUUGUGUAAUGGACGUGGAGUUGGAAGGCUGGUGGCCAAGAGAUAUGGAAUACGGUCCCAGCUCUCCUCAUAUUUGACUGGAUCUUGAAGGAUGAAUAAUAUUUUCAUGGCAGAGAUGACAAAAAGGCAUUUCAGAGAAAAGAAAAACCAUGAGUAAAAUUUAGAAGCCAGGAAUAUAAGACAAAGUUAGGAAAGUUGGUAUAGCAUAGAGCUCACCAUACCAGUUUGUACAGUCUUUAGAAACAAACUAUGCCUCAUUCAUGUUUCUGGUCUCUGGAAUAGUGAUUCCCAAAUGCUGGCCCAUUGAUUGGAUGCACUGGAAUCUCUUGGGGAGAUUUAUACAUUAGAGACUUCCCCCAUUCCCAGAUAUUUGGAUUCAGUAGAGCUAAUGCAGGAUCCAGGAACUUUAUUUAUUUAUUUGAGACAGAGUUUCACACUUGUCACCCAGGCUGGAGUGCAGUGGCGUGAUCUCGGCUCAUUGCAACCUCCGUCUCCCAGGUUCAAGUGAUUUUCCUGCCUCAGUCUCCCAAGUAGCUGGGAUUGUAGGCGCGCACCACCAUGCCCAGCUAGUUUUGUAUUUUUAGUAGAGAUAGGGUUUCACCAUGUUGGCCAGGCUGGUCUCGAACUCCUGACCUCAGAUGAUCUGCCCUCCUCGGCCUCCCAAAGUGCUGGGAUUACAGGCGUGAGCCACCGUGCCCGGCCCAGGAACUUUAUUUUUAAAAAUAAAAAUCCAAAUUGGGUAACCAUGCCUUGGUACACUGUAGGAAAAUGCGGUGCACAUAGUUUGUAUGGACUUGAUAAAUACCCUUUGAAGUGAAUUAAACUAUGUGGUUCUUAUCUUUGCAGCCUCCCUAUCACCUCACCUCAGUCCUAUAUUCAAUAUUUAUCUGUUCAAUAAUUUCAAUCACAGCCAUUUUUCCAAUGCCCCCAUCUUCCCACACCCUUGAAAUAAUUUUCAACUCCUUUACUAUCUUAUUUUUAUGUUCCAGCAAUCACUUGGCCGUGCCAAUUUCUUCUACAGAUAUUUUUAUUAGAUCAGCCCUAUUAUUUGCAUUUAUUUUGUUGCCAUUUUUAAUAGGUCUUACCAUAGAGAUGGAUCACUGUUGGACUAAGCCAGCCUGUUGUUUCUACUUCCAUGGAUUGUCAUUAUGUACACAGCUGCUGAAAAGAAUGGACUUCAAUCAUCACUUUUAUCUUGAUACUCUGUAGCCAGAAAACUAGGCAUAUUGGUUGCUAGAAAUAUGCAAUUUGUUUGCAAGUGGUUCUCAAGCUGUGAUAUUUAACAGAAUUCCAAAAAAGGCAUUUAAUUAUACAUUUGUCUGAGCAUCACCUCCAGAAGUUCUGAUUCUUUAAAUCUGGUAUGAAUCUCUGAUAUCCUCUAUUUUAAUAGAUUCCCCUAACAAUUCUUAUGACUCAAAGUUUAAGAACACCAUGCUCUAUGGGCAAAAGGUACCUGGGAUUACAAAUUAGCUGAGAUCCCAUACAAGGUUAAUCAAGGUUCUUUGGGAGCAGGGUGAAAGGGUGAGCGUGAAGGAAUUUCCAGACACAGAGAAAGGCAAAAAGCCAAAAGCUCUGGGAGCAAUGACUAAUAUAUUCGAAAGGUCUUGUGAUAGGGACUAUACUGACAGAUCUUAAAAAGUCACAGUUACCUUGUUUACAGACACAAGGACUAUUCAGACAAAUUUAUAGAUAGAACUUGUUGUAUGUUUUUUACAAUCAUCAGGUAAGUUCCCAUAACUAGAAACUGUACUGGCUGAUUUACCUUUAAAUCCCAAAAAGAAGUAGUGAGUUCAGUAAAGCUUAAAAUCUUCUGAUAGUCACAUAACACUAAUGACAAAGUAAGAGGACUAGAUUGUUUUAAAGAAUAAAUUAAUAUUUUACUAACUUCCAAGACAUAUUUGAUUAGGAUUUUGACUAAGAUGGAAUACUUUUCCCUGGGAGAUGAAUAUCUUUGAAGUGGGAAUGGUAAUAUUUUCACAACAAUUUGUUUUCAAUUCGUCAGCAUCUCAAGCUGGAAAGCUGGAAGUCACAGUACUCUAUUGAGAGAGGGAAACAUUUAGUAAAGCACUGAAAUAUUAAGAGGGUAUGAAUGUCUACAUGUGGUAAUUCAGCUAACUGCUUUUGGUUGGUCAGGUCGGGUUUUAUUUCAGAUAUUUUAAUGCCAUAUUCAAUUGAGCCAACUGCUGUACUCUAAACCAUUUGCUAAAAAUGUCUGAAUCACUGCAUAAAUAUGUUUUUGGUUUUGGACUAAAAGGAAAGAACAUGAGUUUCACGAAAUCUCCAUUUGUCAUGUUUUUAGGUGAAGACAGCUAUGCUGCAGUGAAAGGAGCUUUGAACUUGGAUUUAAAGUUGGGUUCAAGACAUGAUCCACUGUCAACUGUGUUUGGAUGGGGUCAGCUAAUCUCUCUCCCUGGAGGGGGAUCCAAACAACCAUUCCCCAUCUGCUGAGAGUUCAUAGCUAAGACCCUACUUUGGACUUGGCCUUAGUCAAAGACAGUUGUCUAACCUAAGCUUCCUCUCCUUCCCUAAGGGUGGUCUGCAUCCAAUGCCUCACAAAGGGUACCUUUUUAGAGGGCCAUCCUAGCCACAGAGCUCCUCGUAGGGUCAGCUGAGGCCUCUAGCGCAAUUGUAUCACAUUUCAUCUCCAUCUGCCCAAUUCUGCUUCUACCAUCCCCUCCACAGGUGUCCACCCUGUGAGUGUCCCCCAAUAAACCUGUAUGCAAGU